AACCAGUAUAAAGCUGCAGGUUGGCUGCACAAUGGGCUGUUGGAAAGUUCUCCUGCUCCCCAGGAUCUUCCUCUCACUGUGCAGGUAGAGCGGCUCUUUUCUCUCCUCAGCUUAUGCUCCUCAUCUUAUUCUAUAGAAUUCUCAUGCACACUCACUCUUACAUAGGCUUUUAUUUGUGUUUUUAAUGAAUAACUACUGUAUUUUCUGGCUUAGUAUUUCCUUUCUGUAUUUAGUGCAUCAGGAGACCAUGGGACCGUCCAGCAUCUGCCUUGUGGCUCUGCUUUCCCUACUGAUCCCGGCUCACUCGGCCCCUGAUCCCACCCUGGACACUCACUGGCAGCUGUGGGUUAAAACUCACCAGAAGAGCUAUAAGGAUGCGGAAGAGGAACGUGCCAGACGGACCAUCUGGGAGGAGACACUGAAAUUUAUCACAGUCCAUAACUUGGAAUAUUCCUUGGGACUCCACACUUAUGAGGUUGGGAUGAACCAUCUGGGAGAUAUGACAGGUGAGGAGGUGGCUGCAACAAUGACAGGUUACAUCGACUCAGGGGAUUCAUUGGACAAUGUGGUCCACGUACCGAAAGAGAUACUAGAGGCUCUGCCGCCGGCAUCAAUAGACUGGAGAACCAAAGACUGUGUCACCCCUGUGAGAAAUCAGGAGGCACAGUGCAAAAGGAAGAAGCGAAGUAAUACUGGAGUAGUAAUGAAUUUCCAUAAAAUUCCUGCUGGCAAUGAAACACUUCUUAAGAAUGCCGUUGGGACAGUAGGACCUGUGUCUGUUGCCAUAGACAGCAGUCAUCAAGGGUUCCGUAUGCACAAGUCAGCAGGUAUUUAUUAUGAUCCAUAUUGCACCACCAAUGUAGACCAUGCUGUGCUUGUGGUUGGAUAUGGUACAGAAAAUGGCAAGGACUAUUGGCUGGUUAAGAACAGCUGGGGAAUAGAAACUGGAGACAAAGGAUACAUCAAAAUGGCUAGAAACCGCAAAAACCAUUGUGGCAUUGCCCAGGCAGCUGCGUACCCAAUAUUGAGAAGCCUGGUCCUAACAGACUAGAUGGCCAAUGGUAUUUUAUCAGCAAGUAAAUAAUUCUUUUCAUUUUUGUCUGCCUAAAUCUCUUCUGUUUAUUUUAACCUCUAAAUUUACAAAUGAAACCACGCUUUAACUACUUUUGCUUAAGGGCGAAGACACACGUGGUGAUUAAUCACCGUGACUUUUUAAAAAGUUGCGCCGACUAAUCCGCGAAACAAGAACUGCUAACUCUGCUCUCUAUAUAUGCUCUUACUGUUAUUUACAUAGUAGCCGAGAUUAAAAAAUUACACAUUGCUAUCAAGUAAAUCCUGCUUAACUUCUACUUGACCUGCAUUUAUUCCAUAUGAGCUUUUAUUCCAGGACCCGAAUAUCAUGAUUUUCUUGAAUUAUCUGGCACAUAAUAAAGAUUCUGACACAUAAUAACUGUCUAUGCCAGGGCACAAAAAGGUUGCAAGUCCAUAGAUUAAUGGGU